AUGUAUCAAAUUCCUGUCAAUGGAGACUAUUUCCACAAAAACAAUUUAAAAGUUGUUCGAAAUUAUAAUGGAAGGUGUUGUUCUUCUAAUUUCAGAGAUGAGGAGAAAGCAGUGAGGAUCAGCACCAGCCCUUUGGACAACAGACAACUCGGAGGAGAAUGUCCUAUCAAGAUGAAUAUGGCUCAUUCAAGAAUUAACUCUCUACUCAUCUUCUACCUCAGUUUUUUGCUGCUCAUCCAUUUAAAAAAGUCACUUUGCAUGAGGAAUGAUUCCCGGUGCCUGUCAAACUCUUGCCAAAAGAACUCUACAUGCAUUGCUGGUUGUAAAGACGAUACUUGCCGUUGUGCAGACGCAUCAGUGGACAGUGCGGAGGAACUCUGCAAUAAAACCUCUGAUCCUUGCUCCUCAAACCCUUGUCUUCAAAAUGCUACCUGUUUAAGCUCUGCUGGAAACCUCAGCUUUACUUGCGAGUGCCCUGCUGGGUAUAAUGGACCUACCUGUGAAACAGCCGUCAGCGUGUGUGACAUAAACCCUUGUGAGCAUGGAGGCACCUGCCAAAAUGGCAUGGCUGGGCCCACCUGCCUUUGUAGCGCAGGAUACACAGGCACACUCUGUGAAAUGGAUUUUGAUGAAUGCAUUUCCAAACCGUGCCACAACGGAGCGGUGUGCAGGGAUGGGGUUGAUGAAUACUCCUGCUACUGCGUCCCAGGCUACCAAGGCAAGCACUGUGACCUGGAAGUGAAUGAAUGUGUGUCAGAUCCGUGCCUGAAUGGGGCAACGUGUCUCAACCAGAUCGGACAGUAUGACUGCAUCUGUCCACUUGGGUACAUAGGUACAAACUGUGAGCUGGAAAUAGAUGAGUGCUUGUCACAGCCGUGCCUGAACGGCGCGACCUGCCACGAUUCCCUUGCGAGCUUUGCCUGCUCCUGCGCACCAGGCUUCCUUGGCGACCUCUGCGAAACCAACAUCGACGAGUGUGUCAGCCAGCCGUGCCUCAACGGGGGACAGUGCACAGAUGAUGCCAACGGGUACAGCUGCAACUGUACCGGUACUGGAUUUAUGGGCCUACACUGUGAGACCCUAACUCCCUUAUGCUGGUCACAACCAUGCUACAACAACGGCACUUGCGAGGACAAUGCUGACAACUACACAUGCCACUGUUGGCCAGGCUAUGCGGGUUCCCAGUGCGAGGAGGACAUCGGGGAGUGCAGCAGCAGCCCCUGCCUCUCCGGGGGUGACUGCGUGGAGCGCUCCUGGGCCAGCCGCUACGGGAACGUCCCAGGCCUGCCGCCGGCCUUCAGCUACGACAAGGCCGAGGGCUAUAUCUGUAGCUGUAAGCCAGGCUUUACCGGUACUCACUGUGAUGAAGACAUCAACGAAUGUUACACAAACCCUUGCCAAAAUGGUGGAACCUGUGAGAAUUUUCCUGGGAAUUACACUUGCCAUUGCCCAUCUGCAGACAAAGAAGGGAUUUAUUACGGUGGCUGGAAUUGUACAGAAGUUCUCCGUGGCUGUACUGAUCAGCAAUGCCAAAACAAUGGAAUAUGUAUCCCACAUUUAAAAAAUGGCCAACAUGGAUUCAGCUGCAUAUGUUCACCUGGGUAUACUGGAAUACACUGUGAAACCGUAACCACAUUUUCUUUUCAAGGAAACAGUUUCCUUUUGUUGAAGAAUCCCCUGACCCCUAAAAAGGAAUUUUUCUAUAAUAUAAACCUGAGGUUUCAAACUGUGCAAUCUACAGCUUUUCUGUUUUACCGAGGGGAGAAAAAUACAUUUGCAAAGCUGGAGUUACUGAACGGCUACUUACACUUAACCGUGCAAGUCAAUAACCAGCCACAGGCUCUUUUGCAUAUUUCACAUAAUGUCAGUGAUGGAGAAUGGCAUUCAGUGGAGGUAACCUUGGCAAGAGCUGUUACUCUUAAUUUGCUUGACAGCUCUUGUGUAGAAUCGUGUCUCAAUAAAACGCCUGCUAUGAUAGAUAACGAUCACGUGAUGCUUGCAUUUCAGAGCACGUUUUUGGGCGGCUUACCAAUGGGGAACAUUAGCGGCAACUCUCUACUUAACAUCUAUAAUGUACAUUCUGCACCUUCAUUUGUAGGCUGUCUUCAGGACAUUGAAAUAGACUUGAAUUUUAUCAGUCCAGAGAAUAUAUCACUUGAAUCAUCUUUAAAUGUCAGGACAGGAUGUACUAAAAAGGACUGGUGUGAAACCCACCCUUGUCAGAACAGGGGACGCUGUACCAACCUGUGGCUGAGCUACCACUGCGAUUGCUACCGGCCGUACACAGGGCCAAGCUGCGCAACAGAGUACAUUCCAGGCCGGUUUGGAUCUGAGGACUCCUCAGGCUAUGCUGCUUUUUCUGUUGAUGCCACUCAGAAUGAAAAUUUGAACAUAUCAAUGUUCGUCCGAACACGCAAAUCUUCUGGCCUGUUACUGGCUUUGAGAAACAGUACGUACCUCUACGUAAGAGUCUACUUGGAAGGUGGGAAACUCACAAUGUUAGCUCUAAAUUCCAUGAAGUUAUUAGGGAAACACUCCAUGAACGAUGGAAACUUUUACUUAAUAACAUUAAAAAUAGAACCAAAUAAGAUGGAAUUGUUCCAGUCCUCUCAAUACCUAGGCUUUAUUUCUACUCCAGUACUAACCAUCCAAAGUAAGGAUAUUCUUUACAUUGGAGGCCUACCAGAUAACAAAGAAACUGAUAGAAAUGGCAGGUAUUUUAAAGGCUGCAUCCAAGAUGUAAGAGUGAAUAACCAGCCACUGGAAUUCUUCUCCAUCACCAAUCCACUGAAUUCUCUUAUCAACCGAACUCUGAUCAAUGUCACCCAGGGCUGCACUGGUGACAAUCUCUGCAAGUCCAACCCUUGCCACAACGGUGGUGUGUGCUAUUCAAUCUGGGAUGACUUCACCUGCACGUGCCCCCCUAACACAGCGGGGAAGGCAUGCGAGGAAGUUAAGUGGUGUGAGCUUGGGCCCUGUCCUCAUGAAGCACAAUGCCAGCUGGUGCACCAAGGAUUUGAAUGUCUUGCUAACGCAGUGUUUAGUGGCCGAAGCAGUGCAAUAUUUUACAGAAGCAACGGAAAAAUCAGCAGAGACCUCACCAAUAUCGUAUUUGGCUUUCGAACUAGGGACACUGACGUGAUACUGCUGUAUGCGGAGAAGGAGCCAGAAUUUGUUACCAUCAGUAUUCACGACUCCAAAUUACUCUUUCAAUUGCAAAGCGGCAACAGCUUUUAUAAGCUGACCCUUGCUAGUUCACUGCCUGUGAGUGAUGGGAAAUGGCAUCAAGUGAUGGUCUCUAUGGUACAGCCCCUGUCCCAAUUCUCUAGGUGGCACAUUGAUAUAGAUAACAAGAAAGACACUGCAACUAGCACAACUGCCGCAGGAAGCCUCAACUUUUUAAGAGAAGAGACAGACAUCUAUGUGGCUGACAAGGCUUUUGACAGUCUGGAUGGCCUGCAAGGAUGCAUGAGCACCAUAGAAAUCAGUGGCAUUUAUCUGUCAUACUUUGAAAACGCUGACAUCCCUACUAAAAAACCUCAAGAGGAGCAAUUUCUCAAAAUAUCCGCAAACCCUGCUCUUACUGGCUGUUUGCAGGUAGAUGUCUGCAGCUCAGAUCCCUGUAUGCAUGAGGGGAUAUGUGAAGACUUCUAUACUUCCUACCAUUGCAUAUGUCCCAAAGGAUGGACUGGCACCCAUUGCGAAGUCAACAUUGAUGAAUGCUCUUCAAACCCUUGCAUUCAUGGAAACUGCACUGACGGGAUCACCUCUUAUGAGUGCAGUUGUGAACCUGGUUACACAGGAGUAAAUUGUGAAGAGGACAUAGACAACUGCCGUGGCCACCAGUGUGCAAACGGGGCCACUUGCCUUGAUGGGAUUAACGGAUAUUCUUGCCUGUGUGCUGGUAACUUCACCGGAAAAUUUUGCAGAUACAGAAGAUUACCGUACACAGUUUGUGGGAAUGAAGAGAGAAACCUCACAUGUUUCAACUAUGGCAACUGCACCGAUCUCAGCGGCGAGUUGACAUGUGUGUGCCUGCCGGGAUUUGCUGGAGAACGUCUUUCCUCUAGGUGUGAAAAGGACAUUGAUGAGUGCAGCUCUGACCCGUGUCUGAAUGGGGGCCUCUGCCAGAACCUACUCAACAAGUUCCACUGCCUCUGUGAUGUGAACUAUGCUGGAGACCGCUGUGAGAUAGAUAAUCUCUUUCAGCUUCUCUCCUUAGAUCCAAUACUCAAUUUACUCAGUGCAUGUGACUACAGUAUGUUGGUGAAACUAAAAAUAGGAAAAAAUCUGCUUCAAACUGGCAGUGACGAAAUCAGAUCACCGAUCGUGGCAGAAUUGUUACUGUUGAUGGUAGGAGCCAGAAAGCACCCAGCUUUAUUCCUGUGCCAGGUCAAAUGUGGGUUGACAACUGACUUGAUCUCGAACAUAUUCACCUCCAUUGGCUCAGUAACGCUGGCCUUGUUAUUGAUCCUCUUCUUGGCAGUUGUGGUUUCAGUCAUCGCUGCCAAUAAACGGGCGACUCAAGGGACCUACAGCCCCAGCCGGCAGGAGAAGGAGGGAUCCCGGGUAGAGAUGUGGAACAUGGUGCAGCCACCACCGAUGGAAAGAUUGAUUUAG